CUUUAAAACAGUGUGCAAUAGAAUAGCAUAACAUAUAAUAGAAUGGAAUUGAAAGGGAUCGAGGCGUACAACUUCAAAAUUCAUAUUUUACCCACCACCAGGCUGUAUAUAGAGUUAAUUUUAUACGCAAAUAUGUAUAUGUCAAUUCUUGACCUAAGUGAAGUUUACUGUUUUCUAUAUCCUGAGAGCAGAACGAAGCCGAGCGGAGCUCUCCGCGGUCCUGAAUUGCUGAUCUUAAACUAAGUGCGAGUCUGCAGUCGCAGUGAUCAUCCCUGAUUGUGGUCUAUGAAAACAAAAACACGGUCCCUCUAGAAUCAUUUGAGGCUCGUCUGGUCAUCUCUGUAUGUAAAUGUGUGAUACACACUAGAUGACAUGCUGACAUAAAUAUUGACGUUUCACUCCACUGAUCUGUACACGGUUACCACGUUUCGUUUCAUUUAGAGACAUUGAUAUACAUUACAUUAUAAAGAAUAAUACUGUAGUAAACAGGUUAUUAUUCUAUACAACAGGUUGCUAAUUGGAUGGAUUCCCCCCCAGGUCUAAAAGAAGUCGUGGACCCUGAAUCAGUCUGAGAAAAAUAUUCGUCGUGUAAUUCUUAUUCGAGAUCGCUUUUAUUAUAUGAUUAGGACCUUCCAUAUACCAUUGUCUCUGAUUAUUACAUGCUUAUACUUGGUGUAUGUGCGAGCACGCUAGAGCAGAGGCGUUUCUAAUUGCAUAGCAGCAGAGACAGUCGCACCACAGAAUUGCACUAUCUUCUCCUAGCAAACAGUCAGAAGAGCCUUUUCUUUUGGAAGCACAGACAUCGGAUGUGAUUAAGCGAAGGGUGGGUUUUCUCGCCUUUGAAACGAUUGCAAAGGAGGAGUUAAGACUCGCUAAGACUUGUUGAUGUCGGAGAUGCAUUGAUCUAUGGAGUGAAGUGAAAAGCUCGGGUGCCUUUUUUUCCUGUGGCGCGGGAGUUGAGCGUGCAUGCAAACUGUGCCUUUGCGUUGUGGAGAAAUGUGCGAUAAUAGGCGUGUUUUUAUCGUUUCUAUUAUGUGCUGACUGUUUUUUUUCAGACUGGACAUACAAUUCCGAACGCCUUAUUGCUUCUUCUACUCAUGGGAUCCUCUUAAGUUUAAUUUAUUUGUAUGCUGCUGUCAAACGAGACGUCAUCUCUACAGAGUCGGGUCAGUUGUGGUUAUGUUUUCUGUCCAGACCGCGAAAGUUGUGUUGUGGAAAAGGCAAAUACAGCCUACAUAUCUCAUUUGAAAAUCCGUGACUGGAAUACGAACAGUGGAUAUUUCGGAAAGGAUUCCUUUGAAGAAUUGCUUGGAAAUCAAGUGACUUCGUAAUACCCACUGUAACUGUCUUUUUUGUGCCGGCGUCGCUCUUAUCAUUGUGCACACAUAUCCCCCCACAUUCUGGACGCUGUCAGAAAGAAUAAACAUUUUCAGAAAAGUGUCGCGGAUCGAUGUUAAACUUGGUGAAUAUGUGAGCAGAGACGUUCUUGUCGCUAAGCUCCACCUGGGAGACGGGUGGACGUCCUUAUCCCCUGCCAUAAUCACAAGAAAAUCGCUUUUGUUUGUUUUGCGGUGAUCGACACCCGCGAGUGGACAACGCUGUCCAGGGUUCUGACUUCAGCGAACCGGAGGAGCAGCGGGAAAGGAAGAUUAGAAAGAUUUGGACUUGUCUAUAGACGGAGUAUUGUAUUUCUGAACAAAAUGGAACUGCAAAUAUCAUAGGCGUUGAUGCAAAUAAUCGAUAUGCAGGUAUGACAAAUAACCAGAUAUUCCUCUCGGAGCAUUUCUUUUUAACUGGGGGCAAACCGUGAUAUAAAUAUGAUUUUUUUAUCGACUGAACCUUACCACCGUUUGAACUGCUGAAGUAUGACAGCGCAAUGUCUUGUACUGUCGAUAAAAUGUAAUUACCGGACAGUAUAGAACAAUAUCAAUUAAUAUUCCUGACGGACCAAGGACUGGCCAUAAUCGCAAAAAUGGGACAGUAAUCAAAGUGCGCACACAAGCAGGGGUGUUUGUGUUGUCUGUGCUUUGUCUUCGGAGUUAAACACUUGUGUUCGAGACAUGGCAGCGGCUAUUGCCAGCGGUUUGAUCCGGCAAAAGAGACAGGCACGGGAGCAACAUAUAGACCGACCCGCUGUCAACAGGAGGAGAAAAAGCCCCAGCAAGAACAAGGGUCUCUGCAAUGGGAACCUGGUUGACAUCUUCUCCAAAGUGAGAAUCUUCGGCCUCAGAAAGCGAAGACUACGGCGACAAGAUCCCCAGCUCAAGGGUAUUGUGACCAGGUUAUAUUGCAGGCAGGGAUACUACUUGCAAAUGAACCCAGAUGGAUCUCUGGAUGGGACCAAGGAUGACAGCACUAAUUCUUCUUUGUUUAACCUCAUCCCUGUGGGUCUUCGAGUUGUCGCCAUUCAGUCGGUGAAGACAGGGUUAUACAUCGCCAUGAAUGGGGAAGGCCAUCUCUAUACAUCGGAACUCUUCACGGCGGAAUGCAAGUUCAAAGAGUCGGUGUUUGAAAACUACUACGUGAUCUACUCGUCCAUGCUGUACAGACAGCAGGAGUCGGGCCGAGCGUGGUUCCUGGGGCUUAACAAAGAUGGGCAGGCCAUGAAGGGGAAUCGAGUGAAGAAAACCAAACCAGCUGCUCACUUUCUACCCAAGCCAUUAGAAGUUGCUAUGUAUAGAGAGCCAUCGCUGCAUGACAUUGGGGAGACGCCGAAGCCUGCCGGCGUCCCGCCCAGCAAAAGCACAAACGAGCCUGCUGUAAUGAACGGGGGAAAGCCAGUCAGCAAACCCAACACCGCCGCUACCGCAGCAGCGACCACCGCUGCGGCUACCACCACCACCGCUACCCCAGCUGCCCCCGCACCUGGUCCUGCCCCUGCCCCAGCGCCCGCCCCCACGGCCACGGCCAUUGCUAAACCCACCACAUAGCCCGACCCCGACCGGAGCUGCUCUCACCCCGCUGGACACACGCCCCUCUCUCGUCUGUGGAUCAGAUCCAGACCUCCCCUCUCCUCUCCAGUCCUCUCCCCUCAUUCCCCUUCUCUCUCUCUCCUCCUCCUCCUCCUCCAUCCCCCCUCCUAACGCUCCGAUAAGUCCUCACACAGUGGCAGAUCCUUCAGAAAGCGCGGCCGAAGAAAAACCGUUGCACGACUGGACGAGACGACUGGAUGGAUAACCAGCGAAAAAAACAAAAACAAACUCUGACCAUGGAAUGCCCUACCAGAUAUGGAAUGCCUUUUUCAGAAAAAAAAUAAACAAACUAAAACAUUUUUUUUGUGUUGUGACUGUGACAACCCAUGAGAAGUGGGGGUGUUUCUCACCUCCGGCUCGUGGUGCGUUUGCCUGCUAACGGUCACACCGGAAUACCCUUUUAGGGGCCCAGGGUGGGCGUAUAAUCCAGAUCUAUUUUCUAUACCACAGUUGCACCAGCUAGGUCCUGGGCAGAUGCUGUACAGAUAUACUUAAGAGAGAGAAAGACAAAAAAAAAAAAAAUGCUAAACAAAAUGAAAAUUGACUGUCAUCCUCUAUUUUUUAUGAGUCUGUUACCGUCUCUUCUCUUUCUAUCUUGACACUGUAGUCUCUUUCUCUUUGUUGACGUACUUCAGAAAAUCUUUUUGCAGGGGCUAUGUGUGAUUUUCUAAAUACACAACUGCAUACUCACACAUGCACACACACACAAACACAUACACACUCACGAAACAGAUUUUAAAACACUAAGACAGUCACAAGACUACACAAAGAAACAUACACAGCUACACACACACACACACACACACACUCACACACACCUACACACACACACGUCCACUACAACAUGUAGGAUUAAGAUAUACCAGAGGUGGCUUGGUUCCAGGGAAUCCUUCAGGAAGACUGGAGGCAGACGACUGCAGACGGAGAGCAGACCUGUAGUCUCAGGCUCAGAGCCGUUGUCUUUACUCUCUUUCUUUUCUUCUUUUCCCUUUCAUUUGAUGUUUUGUUAAAUGUUUCUAAUGUCAGAUAAGGACACAACACAGUCGACGCGUGUAGGCAGGCAGCCAAUGGCCAGCUCAGACAAACAAGAAUGGUAUCCACACCUAGCGCGCAAUCAGAGCCGGGCGCUAAUGCUAACGCUAACGUGUGUGUCACAGGGGCAGAGGCCUGUGGAGUGGUACAUACAUAUCACUAUCCAAUUCCACCAAACGGGGACGUGCAGACGCCCAGCAAACCAAUAGGUUCUAUAUUGAAAGAAAUAAACCUGAAGUCUACUUUUCGUUAGUCUUGGUUUUUUAGAGCGUAGGCUCUAGGUAUAUCUAUAGGCCUUGUAGGCCUCUCGUUCUGGCCGGCCCUUCAUAUGCCGACUUCUCAGAACUAUGAAAUAUUUGGGGAAAGGGCCUCCAUAAGUUGUGCCCACAGCAGCCAGUCUACCAUAGAGUGUACGUACAGGUCAGGGGGAGGAAAUGGCAGAAUAUGAGCAGACCUCGUCAACACUGGCUGCAUCCCCCCCAUCCCACUUUGGUCAGCAAAAGCAUGGGCGAAAGGUUAGUAUUGGGUUCUUUUCUUGCAGCAGCAAUGCAAAAGAUGGGUAAUACUAUAGCAUUUUCACUAUAUAAAAAAGAAAUAAAAAUGAAAUAAAAAACAUAAGAUACAAAGAAAAUGAUUAUUUAAAAAAAAAUUAAACAAAAACAGAUUUGUAACGACCAGAUAUUGCGAGAUAUUAUGAAAGUUUUUUUUCCUAGCUCAGCAUGCGGAGUCCAGUACUACUCAUAUUGGUCUAUCAUGUGCCUGUGCGAAGCCUCGAAACCCAGCAUGCAAAAACACGUGCCCAGUCAGUCAGCGCUGGGUUACGCCCGGAUAAUGCCCGAAUCUGGCAAACGGAUCAGGGCCGGCCCCAUUCCUGAGAGAGCCAAUGUCUGGGGAGGUGCCUCAUCACCAGUCCAAAACACCCAAUGAGAAGACAGUAGCAUCAUCUUCAGAGCGCAACCAUAGCAACCCGAACCCAAACCACUCCAUUAACAAUCAUUGUUUCCUGUUCAAAGGGGGGUUGAAUCACAUCUGAGAAAUUACCAAAGUCUCUCUUCUCUCCCAGAGCCAUUAAACAUUCAAUUCCAGAGACAGCAGUAACCACAGCAGCCACUGACACUCACAUAAUCCGUAUAGUUUUUCGUUUCUUUCGUCUCCACUUCGUUCACUCAUUGUAACUGUCGUUCACUCUCUGUGACUGUUGUUCACUAUCAACAGAGAGUGAAUUCUAUGUCCCUCCUCUAUACCAAACACCACAAGGUCUGAUUGAUGUCACUUAGAUAUCGUUCCAUGUUUUUAGACAGAGAAAGGGUACCUAUAGUUAUCCACUUGCAUGCUCUUACCUUGAGGACCAAAGUAUUGGGAAAUAAUGAUAUAGAAAUGAAUAUUAGUGACGAGUUACAUAGGUCAGCAUUGAAUUGGCAUGUUCAUGCAAGUUUCUCUCAUACAAUACUGCUAUGAAUCUGACUCAUUGCACUUUCAGUUUGGAGUCAUCUUGUGCUCAUUGAUCCACAUUGAUCAUUGAUCCUCAAUAGCGAUUUAUCAAGGAUUCGAUCAACAAAUUUAGUAGAAAACCUGUCUUGCUUUGACAAUUUCUCAUAGUUUUAAUGAGUAAGAUUUAUAAUGUUAUUAUGUAGAAUGAGGCUAUGUUGCUAAAUUACUAAAUAUAUUAUGACAUUCAUUUGAAGACUAUAAUUUCUGGAAUUUAUUGGAUUAAUGAGCUAGUUUCUUAUUAGGGACAUGAUGAAGCACAUUAGUUAGACUUAAACAUUUGACUGUACAAAAGCUACUUUUACGCUACGAUAGCAACGCAGUUCUAUACAUGAAGAAAAAAAAAAGCUUGACAUUUUGAUUCUGUUUGGGGCUGACAUCUCACUUCCACAUAGAAUUUCUAAAAAAGAAGAAAAAUGAAACCACUUUGACAAAGAACUCUACAUGCUGGGCUACCCUUGCCCUGCUAACCAGAUAACUGCUCUUUAUGAAGGUUACAUUUAUUUUUGUAAAUGACUGGUGUGCAAAUGUUUCAUCCUUGUUGUUUACCUCCUCUGCCCACACUGUUUUUUUUUUAAGUCUGUUAUUUUCCAAGCAGGUCGUCUGUGUUGUUAUCCUGUUAUGGAGCUAUCAUUGAACAAUUUUGACUGUCGUUUCUCUUUUAUUGUCAUCCUUCAUUCUCUUUCUUGGUCUUGCUCUUUCUCUGUCUCUCUCCUGUGUUAUUUUUUCUCAUAGCUGAAGUGGGUGUGUUGUCAGUGUUAUUUUUUUUUUUCAUUUCUGUUUCUCUGUUGUUCUCAUCAGUUGCAUGGAAAGGGGACGGCUUUCAAGAACUGCAUGUAGUAGGCUAUGUGUAUCAAGAACUGUUGGUAUGUACUGCUCAUUUUACAUACAUAUAUGCAAAGAGUUUGUCUGCACUGUACAGAUUAUGUUUGUUGUAUAAACAGAUACAACAUAUUGAAUAAAACAUUUAUAUAAAGGUG